AUGAAUGCCAGGGCCGCCCCCCCUAUUUGGGAUACGCUUCCGUUGGAAAUUGCCGAGAUAAUUUUCUCCCACCUACCAAUCCCACUAGUUGGUGUAUUGAGGAAGUCUGAGAAUCCUACCCUUGCUUCUGUGGCCCGGAAAUGCUACUACUCGAACCUUGAAUUGAUCAUCUGCAACUCGCCGGAUGAAAGUAAUGUCCCCCGUAUGGACAGUAGUGCCGUUUGCAUGAAGUCCUCUGAGUUUGAAGAGUUGGCCAACAGCGAAACAUUCGACCAACUUCGGAUUAAAAAGCUUUCCAUCUCUGUACGGGAGGACGUCAAUGAUAGCAAGUUCUUCCACAAAGAAGCGUUCGCCAAAGCAUCUUCAAUUGUGACUGACUUUAUGCUAGAGUUUAUUAUGGACAACGGAGAAGUCUUCAACUGGGCCAGUUUGCCGUCAUCACCCCUGGUCUGGAAGUACAUCCGAGAAAUAUCUGUCCAAUCCGCACUGAUUGAUCCAAAAGUUCCACCUUUGCCUCCUAAUCUCCGCAAGCUUGAACUUAUCCGUAAACAAUCAUCUUGGCGUAAUGACGAUGAUCCACUAACUCACUCCCAACCAAUCUGUUUCCCACCGAAUCUUGAAGAAUUUGUCUUUCAUUACCCCUGGGGACCGAUGUCGGUGUAUGCCAACCUCCCUUUGACCUUACGGAGAUUGGCACUAUUGAAGGUCUUGAACUUCUCCGUUGAGGGGUUCAACGAAUUAAAGUUACCAAAUUUGAAAUAUUUACGAUUAGAAAACAUCCCUGAAUUGAUGGAGAUCGACGAGCUGCUUAGGUUUCCCUCGCUGUUGGAAAAUUUGGACUUAUGGUGGCUGGAUCCGUAUUACCAGCAGUACGAUCUGUGGGAGCUGGACUUUGAAAGUUUCAUACAACGGAAAUUGCCUCUGAAAUUACAGAGAUUAUCCAUCACCUGGUGUCCGUUGAAGACGUUUCGUGUGGGCACCUUUUCAAAUUGCUUCAGAGAGAUGGUAUUAGACCAUACGGAGCUCCCAUCGUCUGAGGUUCGCAUGCUCAAGUUUCCUCCGAGCUUGGCUUCCUUACUGAUCAUGAGCUCACGGCUAACAUCGCUAGAUUUCGUCAAAUCGUUACCAGAAUCUUUAGCAAUUCUCAAUCUCCGUGGUAACUCCCUUGGUUGUUUAAACGAAAGAGAUGAAGGUAAAAGAACAGCCAGAUGGAGCCGAAUCAAGUUCCCCAAAAGGCUUCGAAGUCUUAAUCUCAGAUGGAAUCGUUCGUUGUUUACCAUAUACCCGCCAAAAAACUUUGUCUUCCCUCCAAGUUUGAAGGAUUUGAACCUAGAGAGCACGGAAUUGGCCUCGGUCAAGGAACUCAAUAUUCCGCAAACCUUGAUCGAUUUAGAUUUCAAUCAUUUGGGCUCAGUCGAGGGAUUGAAAAACCUUCCACUGCUUCAAAUUCUCAACCUAGGGUCCAAUAAAUUAAGCUCAGUCGAGGAACUUGAUAUUCCACCAACAUUGAUCGAUUUGGACUUGGGCCACAAUAAGCUCCAACGGUUUUCAAAGACGCUACCAGACGGUAUUCAAUCCGUGAACCUUGAGCAUAACCAAUUAAGAGAAUUGGUGAACUUUCACCUUCCGGUAAAUUGUACCAAGCUUGGACUCUCGUCCAACCCUCUCCAAAAGAUCCAGAUCACCAACGCUGAUAACCCGGACUUGAAAAUCCGAGAUUUUAGUUGGAAGAGUAUUGCUAUUACCGCUCUCCGUGACAUCUAUCCCCUCCCCCAAUCCCUCACCCGCUUUGAGAUAACCGGCUCAGACGUAUGCUCGUUUUCGGAAAUCCAAUUUCCGGUGGGGUUGAAGCACAUCGAGGCCACUAAUAACAAGAUAAAUUCGUUAGAAAACGUUGAGUUCCCACCACACUUGGAAGUUUUGCAUCUCCGGGGAAAUCAAAUAUCCAGCUUGGCUAAUGUCUAUUUUCCAGACAGUCUUCUUAGAUUGAGCCUUGAUGACAACAAGAUAACUUUGUUGAAAAGCGUUGAAUUCCCACCGCGCUUGGAAGAGUUGGUUCUCCUGAAAAAUCAAAUAUCCAGUAUGGCCAAUGUCUAUUUUCCGGACAGUCUCCGUCGGUUAGAGCUUGAUCAUAACAGGCUUGCAUCAAUCAAUGCUAUCCAGCUUCCUCUCAUGUUACUGUGUUUGAGAUUAUGCAACAACCGUUUGUCUGAGCAGGCCAUGCAACACUUGGACUUUCCCGCCUGCUUGGACGACUUGCACGUGCAUGGCAACGUGUUCGAAAACUUCGACGGGUGGAAAGAAGGAGUCAGACUGGCAUACCCGAGGAUGCAGAUUGAUGUGCAAAUGUUGCUCUGCAAGUAA